AUGUCCUGUCCAAGGAUUUCCCAGAGCUAGGACUAGAGUGAAGGUAUUCUGGACAUGUAGGGGGUCCCAUCACUCUAGGAACUAACUUUUCCCAUGGCUGGUGGACAUUUAAAGGGACUGUUUAGAGGAAAGUCAGACUAAGUCACCAGAAGUGCUGGCCAUGAGCUUCAUCUACUGAGCUAGGAGAAGAUAUGGAGAUGCUCAACCUUUUUCUGUGGAUCUCCUUACUUGGGACCCUCAACUCUGUCCACUGCAACCCCCCUGAGAAUCAGUGUAACUGGAGAGGAAGUGGUCUAUCCCUGGAACCCAGAUCUGUGGAGCAAGUCUUGUUGCGAUGUGCAGAGGGAACAGUGGAAUGGUUGUACCCAACAGGAGCUCUACGCCUCAGUCUGGAACCCCGCCAGCCCUUGGGCUCUCCAGGGUCUGGGCCCAGCCGCUUCACAGCCUGUAUCAAACCGGUAGCCACGUUCCGAGGGGCACAGUUGUACUUGGAAAAAGAAGGCAUACUGAAACUACUGAUAUCAGAGAAAGGGCCUUCUCCACAUUCCAAGGUCCAUUGCUUCAGUUGGCAUCCUCACCAGAAGGUAGCGCUAUUUCUGCAAGCCAUCCCUCACCAGGACAUUAGCCGACGCAUCGCUUCUUUCCGAUAUGAGCUCAGAAGUGACUGGGAUGGACAGUUAGCUCUACCUCUUAACAAGCUGAGCAUGGAAGGUGCCUGUCGCCCCUGCAACGACACAGAAAUUCUAAUGGCUGUCUGCACUAGUGACUUUGUGGUGCGCGGCAACAUCCGAACGGUGCUCAAUGACGGGGACCUGCAAGAAUCUGUGAUCGCAGUCAGUGUCACGAGGGUCUAUCGCCAGAAGUUCACAUUAUUUCACCCCCGAGGACACUCUGUAAAAUCUCUCGGACAAAUUAGGACACCUCUCAGCUGCGGGGUCCGACCGGGACCCGGCAGUUUUCUGUUCAUGGGUUGGGUACACUUUGGCGACGCCUGGUUAGGCUGCGCACCACGCUACAAGGAUUUCAAAAAGGUAUAUGAAACGGCCACGGAGACCCACGAAAACCCAUGUGAGAUCGCACUAGACUGAGGUUACCAUGAAAAUUUGGAACAAUCUCUACAGAAAAUGAAGGAGUCUAUUGUAUGGCUGGAUAGAAUGUUGGCCAUCAACGUUAUCUUCAAGAACUUCACGGCUUUCAUGAAUCCAAGGCCAACACCCCCCCCCCCCCCCCUGUUAGCUAAAGUAUGACUCUUCAAGUCUCCGGACAUUACCCCCUACUACAUAAGUCUUGAUAGUUUAUCAAGACAUCCUUCAAAGUCAUGCUAUAUUUCGAUUCAAGGUUUUUCAGAGUGACUCCAACUACUGUGAAAAAAAAAUGGCCUCCUGGAUCAUUUUCUGGGCUUAAACCAACCGGAAGAAUUCAUUUAAAGCCUGAAGGACUUUGAAAGGUCUUAUUUCUGUGAAUUCACAAGUGGUGGAGAAGCCACGAACACGGAGUCUUCUUCAGGACCAACUCCUUUCCUUCUCACAAUUUUGCACUCCUAAAGAGACGUUAGAAAGAACUGAGCCAGUUCUUAUAUUCCCUUUAUUUGUUAGGGAGUACUUUAUUGCUUAUAGCCACAUGCGGCCACCUCCAAGAUGGUGGAACGGCAUGUAUCUCUUCGAAGAAACCUAAUGGCAGCUUAAAACGAACACUGAACAUAUUGUGGGUGCCGAAGCCCUCAGUAUCCAUGUAGCACUCUCUUUUUUUUUUUUUUUGUGAUUCAACCAGUAUUAAAUGAAAACUAAAAGGGAAAAUUAAAUACUAGAGUGUGGACAGGCCCCUGGUUGGCAGGGCAUUCUGGGAAUUCAAAAUUGGUAGAAUAACUGGGAUAUCGAGCAAUAUUAUUCCCCGCUACUCUAAACUGGAGUUUCUGUGGCAGUGGAGUGAAGGGGAUAGUUUUAUAUUCCCACCUUUUUUUUUUUUCUAAUAA